AUUUGACAGAAUCUUUGACUUUUUGGACAGGAUUCCACUAACAUCUAACCUCAAAAUUAUAAAACAGGCCGAAUUUUCCAAUCAACACGAUUUUUAAAUAAAAAAUUGUAGAUAUCAAUUAAAAUCAACCACCAUGGAUGGGGUUUCAGGCUUAAGUGGUGCCCAAAAGGACGAGCUAAUGGACCAAGUAAAGCAACAAAUAGCGGUGGCUAAUGCACAGGAAUUGCUCACUAAAAUGACUGAGAAAUGUUUUAAGAAGUGUAUAUCCAAGCCUGGAACUUCACUGGAUAGUUCAGAGCAGAAAUGCGUUGCAAUGUGUAUGGAUAGGUAUAUGGACUCCUGGAACUUAGUAUCAAAAGCCUAUAGUUUAAGAAUUCAACGAGAGCAAACAAAUAUGUAACCUAAACUGAACAAUAAUUAAUUGUUUUUCUUUCGUAAUUUGUAGUCUAGUUUUAGUUAGUUAUUCAAUUAAUUUUGUAAAUAUGGGCAGUUUCUACUAUUUUGCCAAGGAUGUAUAAGGUGAUACACAAUCUGCCAGCUUAGUGCAA